CUAAUCAAAACCUGCAAUGAUUCUCCUUAGCUGUGUGAUGCUUUAACAUUUGAGAUGUUUUUUAAGUAGGAACUCUUUCUCCUUUCAAUGGUUCCUCAUCGGCGUGAGAUAUGGCAAAGAAACAUGUUUGUUUAGUGGCUCUGCCAUCAGAUUAACGGGAAAUAGGCUGUGAGCAUCAUCUGUUGAAUUUGAAUAUCUUGCAGAGUCUGUUUUAUAACAUUCAGUGGCGUGUGGGCAUGUGAUCUGUCAUUUCUGGAACGAUUGAGCCUCACACAGCGCUUGCCAUGUGUUUAAUGCAUGUAUAAAUAUCUUUAAACGCUCACUUAUUCCAUUUCCCUCAUAAACAUUCUUUCCAUCUUUGUUUACGUUCACUUUAGCACUCUGUUUCCUUUGCUUGUGCACUUUCUUCAUGUCUUUCACUUUCAGUAUCAGUCACUGACAGAUGCCUGACACCUACUCAUGUUCUAUUUAUUCUUCCUGCACUAGACGCCUGGAGUCAUUUUCAGCUGGAUAUGCAUCGACUUUAAUGUCUAAUGAACAGCAGAGCGGUUUACAAGAUAUGGUCCUACUGAAACGUUGCAAUCGUGUCAGGAGGAAACUUGAGAGAUGAAUUCAACGGCAGACAAGACCAGAGGUGGAAGACCUCAAAAAACCGGGGGCAAAGACCACAAAAAGCCCACAGCUGAAGCCUUGAGAGGAGCCAUCCAGCUCGGCAUCGGGUACACAGUCGGCAAUAUGACCUCCAAACCAGACAGAGAUGUUCUCAUGCAAGACUUCUACGUUGUUGAGAGUGUCUUUCUCCCGAGUGAAGGCAGUAAUCUGACCCCAGCUCACCAUUACCCUGACUUUCGCUUUAAAAAUUAUGCUCCCUUGGCUUUCCGUUACUUUAGGGAGCUCUUUGGGAUUAAACCAGACGAUUAUUUGUACUCUAUUUGUAAAGAACCUCUGAUAGAGCUGUCAAACCCUGGAGCGAGUAGUUCAUGGUUUUACUUAACCAGUGACGAUGAGUUCAUCAUAAAGACUGUGCAGCACAAAGAAGCUGAAUUUCUGCAGAAGCUGCUUCCAGGUUACUACAUGAAUCUGAAUCAGAACCCGAGGACCCUCUUACCGAAGUUUUACGGGCUGUACUGUAUUCAAUGUGGCGGCGUUAAUAUCCGAUUGGUGGUGAUGAACAAUAUCCUGCCUCGCUCUUUGAAAAUGCACUACAAAUAUGACUUAAAGGGCUCCACUUACAAACGCAGAGCGUCACGGAAGGAGCACGCCAAACCCUCCCCGACCUUUAAAGACCUGGACUUCCAGGAGAUGCACGAAGGUCUUUACUUUGAUGCAGACACGCACAACGCCUUGGUGAAGACUCUUCAGAGAGAUUGUCGGGUGCUGGAAAGCUUUAAAAUCAUGGACUACAGUUUGCUGCUGGGCAUCCAUGUUCUGGACAGGAAGCUGAGGGGGAGAGGCGGGAUAGGGGACAGUAAGCGUCAGGGUGGGCAGAAGGUCCUGUACUCCACAGCCCGCGAGUCAAUUCAAGGAGACGGCAAAGCAGCCGAGACUCUUCCUGAUGCCGAUGACGACACAUUGGGUGGCAUUCCUGCUAAACACAAAGACGAGAAGUUGCUGAUCUUUCUGGGGAUCAUUGAUAUCCUGCAGUCCUAUAGAUUUAUAAAGAAGGUUGAGCACUCGUGGAAAGCUCUUGUGCAUGAUGGCGACACAGUAUCUGUCCAUAGACCUAAUUUCUACGCUGACAGAUUCCUGAAGUUCAUGGGCACCACAGUAUUUAAAAAGAUUCACCCUCUCCGUGCUGCGUCCUCGAGAAAGAAGAAAAACUCUAUCCAGCCGUGUAGGUCGGCCUCACAGGAAGUUCUGUCGACUGUAAAAGAAGAGAGUCAAGAAGAGAGGAGGGCGCAAAGCCUGGAAAACCUUGAUGAUACAGAAACACACUCCUCUCAGAAACCUGAUGUUAUUCCAAGCUCCACCAGACUCAACACGGCGAUUUCAGCCGCCACUAUGUCUUCUAAUUCCUCUCUAGAUGAUGUGAAGGCUGAACCAGAAACCAGAGAUGAUCGUAGGACGUCCAGCUCGACUCUUGCACUGGAGGAUAGCACUCUUCUUGCUUCAGACUCACAGGCGAGCACACCUGAGUCCGUUCUGGACGUCUACUUGUGAAGUGUGAGGCCUUCUGAAGUGGACCGGACCAUCCAAACAUGUACUAGAUGUAGAAACAGUGGACAUGCUGUCUCACCCGCCACAAUUUUGCACAACGGGAUAUCUCUAGCUGCUAAUACACAUGGACUGAGAAUGCCUUAUGUUUGAAACAAUGGCAGAGCGAUUGCCACACUAUAGUACUGCAGUGCCUUACGCUGUCUGUGCACUUUGUACCUACUUGCAAGCACAAGUUUGUUGUAUAAUAAUAGUUACACUCCCAUUAGACCAGUGUGCUGUAACUAUCUCAUAAACACGCUGGUUGGUAUGCAUGUUAAAGGCAUGAUACCAACCUGAUUAAAGCAUGUGUCAUACAAACAAAGAAAUAAGUUUAUUAUAUAAUAACACUGGUAUAAUUAUAUUGUGAGCACUCCUGACUUGUAUUGUGUGAGUAAUGAUUUCAUGUAAUCAUUACAGUACAGUGACUAGUACCAAAAGUUAGUAACAUUGUCAAUAGUGAGCAUGGAUUGAUUAUUAUGUCUGCUCGUGUGAUUUUGAUGCACAAUCAGCAUAAUAUAAUGACAUGGGGCUAUUAUAAUGGUAAAUGUUACUUUUUUGUCUAAAGAUUUAUAUGGGUUUAGACGUUAAAAGCCAUAAAUCUUUAAAAACGUUUUAUAAAAUGUAUUUAAAUGUAUUUUGAUUAGAGUAAUAUAUGAAUUAAAUGUGCUUUUAUGUAGAAUGUUUUUAGUUGCUAUUAUGCUAUUAAAUGCUGCAUCUUCACAAGAA